AUGCAACCGGGCCGCGUUGAGGUGCUAACUCCACAGGGCAAGUCGGGCAUUCGAGUCCGCUGGCAACGAAUUGGGUCUGUUGACAACAGGACAACAGACAGGCCUGAUAAAACAAGGCCAAUAGAAGAGUCGAAUGUAACGACAGACUUUGACGAGGUCCAGAACAGAACUUUCGGAAGACUUCCUGAGGGCAUGAGUCAGGACAAGACGGAUCUGAUCAUUUGGGGCGCUGCUGAAGAGCAUUCCGGCGUGUAUGAGGCUCUCGUCUAUUCGGAUGAGGAUUACAGCGAAGAAGCCGGUGCCCCAACCACAGAACCAGUGGCGCGUUUACGCAUCAAAAUCCGGGUCAGUCCAAUGUCCGAGGGUGGCGCAAUGUGGCUGGAGCCGAGUAGGGCCGAAGAGCUGCCGGACUCUCGCGAUGACGAGAGUGUGGAUAAGAAGGGAGAGAAACCGGACACAGAAGUGACACCAGACGUCACAGACUCGCCAGACAAGACGAAGCCAAUGGCUUGGGACUUUGUCGUGACUGGAUUCACUCCAGAUGCAAAGUAUUGCCAAAAUCCCACCUGGACCCUGGUCGACUACCGGCUCAAUAGAACCAAGGAUAUAACGGAUAAGGGUGAGUUGAUUGAUAUUUCGCCUUCUACCAUCGGCACAGUAUUCUAG